CGUAGUUUUUUGUAGGCAAUUUAGUGUCUGGCGUCACAAAAAAGUUCAAAAUUUCAAGAUUCUGGGUUAUUUUUCAUAUGCCCCUUUGUUGGGAUCAAUUGGCCAAACCAGCCGCUACAGCCUUCAGGAGCUCUUCGUUGGCAAGCAAAACCCUAGAGCUUGAUCCUGUAACUUGAAUCACAUAUAGGUAGGCUUAGCUUUUAGAAGAAUAUGAACAUGUUUAAUGUUGCAACGACAUUCUGCAAGCGAUUGAAUGUUAAAGAGUUGAUUACCAGUGCUCCGGUGUAUGGAAAUGUGGCUGAUGGAUCUGCUAGUGGAUUAAGUUUGUUGUUUAGGCGAUGGGCUACCAAAAAGACAGCUGGAUCCACGAAGAAUGGACGAGACUCGAAGCCCAAGAAUCUUGGGGUGAAGAAAUUUGGUGGUGAGAGAGUGAUACCUGGAAACAUUAUAGUUCGACAGCGAGGCACUCGUUUUCAUCCUGGAGACUAUGUUGGAAUGGGGAAGGAUCACACCCUCUAUGCUCUUAAGGAAGGGCGUGUGAAAUUUGAGACACACAAGUUGAGUGGCCGCAAGUGGGUGCAUGUUGAACCGAAGGAAGGACAUGUCCCUCACCCUGUAUAUGCAGGCUCUUCUACGCCCCAGCUGGAGACUUCCACUUGAAGCCCUACUAUGUUGCUGAUUCAAUCAAGUUAAGGGUUUAUUGUUUCUCUUUUGGAGUCAGAUUUAGGUGUGACUAGAAAUUGAGGACAAAAAUUGAAGUAACCAUGGGUCUUUUGAGAGUAGAUACUGUUACUCUUUAGCAGAUUUGUAUGCUUUUUCUAUUUGGUUAUUAUGUGAGUUUUAUGUAGUAUUUACAGCAUGGCAAUACUUAAUUUCAGUUCUUUUGAGGAUGAGAAAGCAAGAUAAGUAAAAAGAAAAAGCAGUAUUCUUGAUUUCA